CGUGUGUAUCGCAUGCAAUAUCAAUGUAAAUUUUUACCGUUGCUUACCUGAUCGCUAACGUUCGAUAAUUUUUAUCACAAACAGAAUAUUUUUUUAUCUAAGUAAUAAUAACAAUCGAAUUAAAUAUAUUCAAUGUUAUUAACAUAAUUUGCAAAUCAGUUGUUAACGUAGCGUGAAUUUUGAAACGGUGUUGUAGUGUAGACCUAUCUUACGGCGUGUUUCGACUUCAUUACAUUCAAGUCUUCAGUUAAUCUCAUGAAAUUAAAUUAAUAUAUUAAUUACUUCAUUCGUUUACUGCAGUGCCGGGUUCUAAGCUAAUAUUUCUCUCAAAACAAUUUAUAUAUACCAUAUUUUUAAACGAGUUAUCCUUUCUUUUGUGAAUUACGCUUAUUGCAAGUAUCGCUUUAUUUAUAAUAACUAUCCAUAGUUAUUAUUUUACAGUAAAAUAAUAUUAAUGUCUAAGAAAUGUACCGAAUUAAAUGCUGUUAAAUUACUGCAAUCAUAAAAUUUAUUAUAUUCAUUAUGUCAUCCUUGAUGAUUGUAGACGCCCUUUCUUUUACUGUACUCUUUCUCAUUUUUAUUCCAUUUCUUAUAUUUUUUCUGGGUAUUGUAUUAUUUGCAUACAUUGGAAAAACUCUUGGUAUUCGAAGAAUUUAUGUCGAAUUUCUUGUCAAAGUAUUUGAGUAUGGAAGAGAAAAUCUUGAAAAGCAGUCAAAAAAAAAAAAUGUAAUAGUUGAAGAAACAGACAAUGAUGAGACUGAUGUUGAUGAAUCUAAUUUGGAAAAUGAAAAUGAUAAUAAUGCAGCAGAUUAUACUAUAAAUGAGACAGUUUCCAAUACUACUGAGAGUAAUGGAUUUAUCACUAGAAACAGUUCAUCUAGUAGUCUAUUAAAUGGAAAUACUGAUAAAAAAAUGCAAAAUGGUGCACCACCUCUUAUUAGUAGACAAGAUUUAAUAUUAGUACCUGAUCCAGAUCAAAAUUAUAAUGGAAAUAAUAAUGUCAAAAGCGAAGGGGGCAAACAAAUCUUACAAAGGACUCGAUCAUUUAAUACUUUAAAACGAGAAUUUGAAUUAGCAGAUGUACUGGAUUAUGUUAAAACAGGUGUUGAAGCCAUAAUUGAAGAUCAAGUUACUUCAAGAUUUGAAGCUGAAGAACUAAAAUCGUGGAAUUUACUUACAAGAACAAAUAGACAUUAUGAGUUUAUCAACUGGAAAAUUACAGUUAUUUGGAUGAUUGGAUUCUUUAUAAGAUAUACAUUCUUAUUACCAUUGCGAGUUUUAAUUUGCUUUUUUGGGGUUUUGUGGUUUAAUAUUUCAAUCGGUAUUAUUUGGUUGAUUCCCAAUGAACGACUAUCACAAAAGAGUUAUUUGACUGGUGUUUUUCAGUUUAUUUUUAUGUUGAGUCAAUAUAUUUUAACUAUAGUUAUUAAUGUCCAUAAUCCACAAUGGAUUCCAAAAAGUAAUGGAAUUUGUGUAGCUAAUCAUACCUCACCAAUUGAUAUUGUCAUUUUAUUUGCUCACAACUAUUAUAUAUUGGUAAUGUGGCUAUGGAUUUGUACAUUUAUUGUUGGUUUUGUACCUGAUAGUUUGGGUAAACGUUGGCUCAAUCAAUAUGUAUCAAUUAUGUGUUUUCAAGUUUUGUCAGCUGCACUAUCUUCAGUCAUAACAUACCAUAAUCAUGAGAACCUUCCUAAACGUGGUAUUUGUGUUGCUAAUCACACAUCACCUAUUGAUGUUCUAGUAUUAGCAUGUGACAACACUUAUGCUUUGAUUGGACAACGCCAUGGUGGAUUUUUGGGUAUUCUUCAAAGAGCAUUAGCAAGAGCUUCACCUCAUUUAUGGUUUGAACGAUCUGAAGUGAAGGAUAGAGAAAUUGUUGCAAGAAGACUAAAAGAACAUGUCUCAAACCCAAUAAAUCCUCCUAUACUUGUAUUUCCUGAAGGGACAUGUAUUAAUAAUACAUCAGUAAUGCAGUUUAAAAAAGGCAGUUUUGAAGUGGGAAGUGUCAUUUAUCCAGUGGCCAUAAAGUAUGAUCCAAGAUUUGGAGAUGCAUUUUGGAACAGUAGUAAAUAUUCUAUGUUACAAUAUCUUUACUUGAUGAUGACUUCAUGGGCCAUUGUUUGUGACGUAUGGUAUUUACCACCAAUGUACCAAAAUGAAAAUGAAUCUGGGGCAGAUUUUGCUAAUAGAGUUAAAAGAGUAAUUGCUGAUCAAGGAGGUUUGGUUGAUUUAGUAUGGGACGGCCAACUUAAGCGUUCAAAACCCAAAAAAGAAUGGAAAGAGAGACAACAAGAAGAAUUUAGCAAACGACUUAAAGUUGAGUAGUAAACAAUUACUUUAAAGUAGAUUUUUGAUCAACUUUGUCCAAAGAGUAGUCUUAGCAAUGGAAAAAAAAUGAAAUGAUCAUAAGAACAAAACCUAGUCUUGCAUCAAACAACAUUAAAAUUUUAAAUUGUUUUGUAUACUUUUAGGCAAUAGAUUAAUUUAUUUUAUUAAUAAUGGAAACAUUUUACUAUCUAUAGCUUUUCAUUAAAAAUAGUAAAAUAUUUGGUCACCAUUUUUCUUUUAAUAGACUUUGUCUGUGAUCUAAACUAUUUUUUUUCUUUUACUUGUGGUAUUUCAAAUGAUAUUGAAACCUAAAUACAAUUUGGUAGGGUUUUUUUUAUUUUUAUCAAAAAAUAGAGAACAAGUUACCUAUAAUAUAAAUUUUACAUGAAUUUAUUUGGAUGUAGUAAAUAUAAUUUUUGUUAGUUCCUUUUUUGUUUAAAGCUAUAGAAAAACAAAAAAAUAUUUUAUGUUUAUUUUUAUAGAAUUAUGAUAUACCAUUACAUCAUUAUUUAUUAUAUAUUAAACAAUAUUUUUAUAAAAAAAAAAAAAUCAAUAUUUGUGUAUAAAGUUGUGAAUAUAUUAUAUAUGUAACAAGGAAAUUUAAAAACAUAAUAUUUAUGUUAUCUUUGUAAAUAACUUUAUUGAGUUAUUUUUUUUUUUAACUUUAUAAACAUUUAUUAAGCUCUUUGCUUCUAAAAUCAAUUCACAUUAUACUUCUCGCAUGCAAGUUUCUGUUCCAGUGCAGUCAUUACUCCUUUAAAUCAUUUUUAAUCACUUAAAACCAUCAUUGUUUGGAAGUCUCUUUAGCCUGUUCUACUUAGUUUACCAUUAUCUUAAUACAAGAUUUUUUAACUAUGCGUAUAUAGCAUAUUCGGUCACUUAUUGGUUCAAAAUCCUUUACAUGAAGUAAUAGUUCAUUAACUAUAAAACCCUCAUCUUGGAAAACCAUACUACAGGGGAUAGCCUGUAAUUUUACAAUCAUAUUACUUUAAGGUCUGAUUAGGAUUAUUGCAAUAGACCUAAAAGAAUUAUAGAUAAUGAUGCCACUUUCCUAACGUCUUAGCGUUUAAAAAGGCUUUUAUAAAACUGAACCAAUUAAUUAAAGUUUUUUCAGUUUAAAGACCCUAUGAGCCCUAUAUUCACCACACCUUUACCACUGGUAAUACUUACUAAUCUCCAAAAAAUCCCAAAGGAUUUUAUUUGAUAAUCUGUUAGAAUUAUCUAUAUCAAACAAAUAGUUUAGUAAGAAAACCUUCCUUAGAAAAGUCUAUAACAACUUUCAUUGUUCAUCACGUUCAUUUUACUAUGCGAGCUUAUGCAUAAUCCAAUAAUUAGGGGUAAUAAAAUUAUUUGAAAUGAUUUUAUAUUUUGCUUCGAUGUUAUCCGUUUCUUGAGAUUUAUUUAUGUACAAAAAUAAUACAACUUAUAGGCUCAGUUGAAAAAAAUGCCACAUAAAAAUUUAAUUCUGACACGGAAUGAUUUUGCAGUAAAUUAUAUUGAACAUCAAUAGUUUUUUAACUAAUUGACAGCAGUGGCUAACUGCUAAUUUGUAUAGUAAAAUAAUUAUAAUGAAUGUAAUAUAACUAACUAGUCCUAAAGUAAGUAUUAUUUAUUUAUAGUUUUAAUUUUUUUAUUUAUUAUAUACAAAAAUCGAUUUCCCCCCAAUUUAUUGUUUAUAUAUUUAUGUCGGGUUUUUUUCUCAUCAUUUCUUGUUUAGAAUAAUGAAAAUAUUUUUUGGAACGAGCUGGGUCACCAUAAUUAUUGUGCUUUCUGGUUUGUUAGCCUCCUAGUCUGUGCAUACUUAUCUAUUCAAUUAAAACAUCUUAUAUUUAAUUAGUCACCAUAGUCUUUUAAGGGAUUCCAGCAGCUAUCAAAUAAGUGUUAAUGUUACUAACAGGAUAUGCGUGUAAAGAAAAAGCCAAUCAGAAUUAUAAAAUUAAAGUUUUAUUGGCUUACUAUGGAAAUGAGAUAUGUUCAAAUAUGUAAAAUUUAUUUUAAAAAUUCAA